UCUUUGUCAAGGAUUGCUUCCCUCAUAUGUGGGUAGAGGGCAGCACCGUUCGGCGGAAAAUCUGAAAAUAUAAUUCUAUCAGAGUACUUCGAAUUCAUCCGCAUCAACACAUACAAUUAGGAUUUCUUCAUCCUACGCAGCUGUACAGCAAGUGCUAUAAUGGAUACACCAGAGAAUACGGCUGUGGUGAACUUGCUGAAAGAUUUCAAUGACCUUGUCUCUCAUCAGAGCAGGGGUCCAAAGAUAGCCAAGACCCUUGACUUUAGUACAAGCUUUGAUAAUCGUUCACAAUGCAGCUCAGUUACAAUGAAGUCAUUACUGGAAAAAGAGCGUGCAGGCCGUGAGCGAGAGGCAGCAUUGCUGGCAGCAAAGGGCCGUAUCGCCAGUCUAGAAAACAAAAUGGGCAGCCUGGAAACGUCGAGAAAAAGGGCUCGAAUUGAUUAUGAAUCAGAGAUGGAGAACUUGAAGAUUGAAAGAAUGAAAGAGCAGCAAAGAAUUGAUGAUAUGAAAAGUCGCUUAAACUUUGUAGUGCAGAACGAGGAGGAGCUACGUGACCAGUUGGAUGAUACAAGGAAAAAAAUGGAAACACAGAAGGCAGAGAGUGGAGAAAAGAUUAAAAAUCUUCAGAAAGAAUUAUUUAAUUUACAAACUGAAUUCAUGGAGUAUCAGGAGGACACGAGACAACAACAGCUUGAUUCAAAGAAUGACCUCUUACGAGGGCAAACUGAACUACAGAUAUGUAAAAAUGAACUGUCAGAAACUAAGACACAGCUGAAGUUACAAAAUAGGAAAAACUCUGAACUCAAAGGUCAAAUUCAGGAUCUUGAGGAGUAUCGCUCGAAUGGUUCUGAUGCUGAAGUAAGAAUAAAAGAAUUGGAGCAGGAAUUAUCGAGAAUGAGGGAUGAGGCUGUGUUGGUCAAGGCCAUGAAAGCAAAACUGGCUGCUUACCCAGAGAUCGAGAAAGAAAACAGGGAGCUCAGGAACGAGAAUAAUGUGUUGAUUGGCAAACGUGAUAAUGUGCUGCUGUUGGAAGAACAGGUUGAAAGCCUCGAGCAGAAGGUGACAAGGGGUGAACAGACGUGUGUCGAUUUGAGCCGUCUGCAGAUCGAAAAUGAAGAAUUGAAGAAAAAGCUUGUGAAGUGGGAGGCAGAGGAUCUCUCAGGUGUAAGGCGGCCACAGUCUCCCAAUCAGCUGGCAAGAAGACUGGCCGAGUUACAGACUGAACACGCCAUCCUCUUAGAAAAACAGGGUCAGCUGCAAGCCAACAAUCGCCUGGCAGAGAAGGCUCGGAAGGAGGCAGAAGAGCGCACUCAUAUCACCAGUCAACAACUUGCCCUGGAGGAACAAAAAAGUCUUGAUCGGGAGGAAUUGGUACGGAAACUUAGGAGGAAGCUGCUGUUGUUGUCCAAGGAGAGGGAAGGCUACCAGAGAACCAUUACAGCAUACGAGAGUGAGGUGACCGUUAAUAUGAACUCACAGUCAAAGGCUAGGAUUAGUAUGUUGGAGGAGGCAGCACAGGGGUAUCGCAAACAUAAUGAUAUACUGGAGGAGGAAAUAUCAAGAGUUGUGGAGCAACUUUGCCAACUCAGAGAAAAAAAUCUACAGCUUGAACAAAAGUUAACCGAGAGAAGUGCCUCCCCAGAUCAACAAGCUCCAAAUAUUGCAGAAACAGAUCAGAAACUUAUCCUCCAGCUUCGGGAGAAGAUAUCAGAUCUAGAAGAUUGCUUGGAGAGGAGAGCUCUACAGGGUGACUUUGAUCCCCUGAAGACAAAGGUAAUUCAUUUGAGGAUGAACCCAGCUGAGAAAGCCCAGGAGGAACGAGCAAAGAUGUUUGAGAGAUUAAAGGAAGAAAACGAACGCCUCCGAUCAAAGAUCAAACAGUUAGAAGAGACUGCUGGAGUUGAGCAUGAACAGACUUUGAAACUUGAUGCGGGCGGUGAAGCCACACCUAGCACAAGCAAGGCAGUAGAAGACCUGCAAAGCCAGGUGACGUCUGCCGAGUUGAAGAACAAGCGUUUGAUGGAGGCUUUCAAGAAAACUAGUCAAGAGUUCCGUGAAGUGUGCUACCAGCUGACAGGGUUCAAAGUGGAUAAGCUGAAUAACAACCAGUAUCGCUUGAUGAGCAUGUAUGCUGAGUCUGCUGAGGAUUCUCUCAUGUUUCAGCAAUCCACAAAGGGAGAGAUGCAGUUGUUGGAGACGCCAUUUUCCCAGUCACUGUCUGAACUUAUCGAUCAAUACCUCAUGCAGCGUGGCAGUAUUCCGGCUUUCCUAUGUGCCCUCACUAUGGAAUUAUUCAGCAGACAGACAAUGAUGAUAUCGUGAAAACGGGUAUCCUCUGAUAAUGGACUAAUGUAGCACAAACAAUUUCAUUGCUUUGGAGUCUUCUUACACAAGUAGACAGGACAGAGGUGAACAUGGCAGCUUCAAGUUGCCUUCUGAACAUAGAUUUCUUUGCUACGUGAUGAAAAACACGAACUGAGUGUAUGAUGUGUUGACCUGUCUUCGGUGCAGGUUUUGUGAUUCAGGAUUACAAGAACAAUUUAGUCUUGUAACUCCCAUCAUGAGAACUCGGGUCACUUUUUAAUGUUGAGAGGCUCAAUUUCAUUUCUGCAUUUUGCCAAAGGUGCUUUUGUGUUAACCUGGACAUGUUGAUAGUACAUUACCUAUAUGUUCAAUGUUGCCAACAUGUUCACUGGUUCAUGAUACUUGACAUUUAUAUCUACAUGUACAUAUUGACAG